AGUAAAAUUUCAACGAAGUAAAUGUGAAUUCAAAGUUCAUUGUUAUUCGGUUUUAUAAAGUUUCGUUAUUGGAAAUAUUUAAAUGAUGACCUGAUUUAAAAAUAUAAUAAACAGUUUCAAUAAUUCAUGUUAAUAAAACAGUAUCAAUGAGGAUAACCGCGAAGCGUCAACUCUAGUCUGUUUUUGUUCUGAUAAAAUAAAGCUAUGAAGGAUAUAUUAUUUAUUCUCAUUAGUGGAAUUCUGAUAAUAUUUGGAGAUUGUGCCGAAACGCAAAACGGUUGCGAUUACGAACAUGACAUCAGGACCUAUUUUUGUAAGAACAUACACGACGCAUUCCCUAACGUGUUCUACGGGAAUUACCACUUGCAAUGUGUCAAGUGCAACAUCAGGACGUUCACUAACAGGACCUUCCCCUAUACAAAUAACCUUGUUUCAUUUAACGCUUCCGAGAGUGGAAUUAGAGCUAUAGCCUGGCGAGCUUUUUCAAGCUUGACGAACAUCCAGUACAUCUACCUGCAAAAUAAUGAGAUUCAAGAAAUCGCACCUGACGCUUUUUGGGGACUACGACAGGUGUACGAAGUCCACCUGGAAAACAACCACCUAGAAAACGCAGUCCCAGGAUUUCUGAACGACCUGGAAGCCAACACGGUCCUUCUCAACAACAACAAAAUCAAAACUCUACCGAACUCACUCUUCGGAGGAUCGUUAGGUUUCCUAAUCCUCGACUUGUCGAAGAACUUCAUCAAAACCGUACACGAAGAUGCGUUUUUUGGUUUAGAAAACCUAGAAGUGUUGAAUUUGGAGAACAACCACAUUUGCCAUCUGACUCUAGGAGUGUUCAAGCAUCUACACACACUGAGACAGCUCAAUCUGGCUGACAACAAGUUGACGAAAUUUACAAUUGGGACUUUCUCUGGUUUGACGAAUCUCAACACUUUGAACCUCGCCAACAACAGUGUGUCGGUUUUUGAUGGGAAUAUCUUGAUACCUUUUGACCAUAUGUCGAGGCUGGAUCUGAGUGGAAACGGGAUUUAUUAUUUGGAUGCGAAUUCUAUCCAUGUGAAUGUACCAACGUUGAAGACCUUGCGUAUUGACGAUAACCUGUUGUCUUGCAUUCAUCUGAUUAAUAUCAUUCAGUUUUUUAAGAAGAUGCACGUUCAGGUGAUUAAUACUGUAGGAAGAUAUCAUGUUCAGAACGUCAAUGGUAUUGCCUGCACGGAGAUGAUCCUGACGCACCCGGUUGAGUUUGAACAAUUUUUGAUUGUUGCUAAAGACGACACGAAGAAGUCUAUUCAGUACUGUUAGAUUUUUCUGAAUUAAAGAUUUAUUGUAACGGCA